GAGUUGUCGUUUGUACGGCGGCAUGAAUAGGGCGGUAGUUCCGCAGUAGGAGCGGCGUCGAUUGAGCGGCGGGAUUCGGCCUCGGUGACAGACAUCCCACGACCUGGUCAAGUGCCCUGUUGGGUCGGUGCAGCCCCAGGCUUGAACAGAUUGCUAAUUGGCCUCAUGUGCUGAUGGUUACCACCUCAUAUCUCAUGCUGCUCCUGAUUCCAGAGAAACUGUGUUGGAGACUGACGCAGUAAAUCUCGUACAAGACCAUACUUUGUUCUCUCCCUGUGCCAGAUCAUUCUGGCUGGCCACUUACAUGGGCAUGUUCCUGGCUUACCCUUGCCUUCAUGCUGUGCUGCUAGCCAUCAUAACUACUGUGAUAGCAGAACAAAAGUGUGAUCCAGUUGGAAAAGAAGGCAAUGAAUCCCCCAAAGAACUAGCCCUGCUUAAGAGAUUGGAGCAACUUAAGGGCCUCAGUUUUAAUAUAACAGAUAAUGUGGGUGAAAAUGAGCAAUACGUCUACACAUUUCGGAUGUGUCAAGAAGUUUUCAGCAAUAUGAGCAAUUCCGGCUUGGUGCAGUUCAAUAAGCAGAUGAAUAAAUGGACAGUGGUGGGGCGUAUCAAUGAGACACACAUCGUUGGUGGAAGUAAGUGGAUUAUACUGACCUAUAAGGGGGGUGACUCCUAUAAUAACCACUGUGGCAACGAGAAGAGAAAAGCCAUAAUAAUGAUCACCUGCAACCGGAACACACUCUCAAGUGGCUUCACCAUAGUGACAGAGGAGAGAGAGAAGGAGGAGGACUGUUCUUACGUCUUUGAGUUUGAAAGCAAGUUGGCCUGUCCUCUGGAGGAGUCUCAUCUAAGCAUUGGCUCCAUAUUACUCAUCACGUUUGCCUCAUUGGUUGCUGUGUACAUCAUUGGGGGAUUCCUCUACCAGCGUCUGGUGGUGGGAGCAAAAGGCAUGGAGCAGUUCCCACAUCUUGUCUUCUGGCAAGAUCUGGGAAACCUAGUGGCAGAUGGUUGUGACUUUUUGUGCCGGUCUAGACCUCAAAACGUGCCAGCUGCAUAUCGUGGUGUUGGUGAUGAUCAACUUGGAGAAGAGUCUGAAGAGCGGGAUGACCACUUGCUGCCUAUGUGAUCUGCCUCUUCUUUCUUUCUUUCUCCUUGCCCCUGGCAGCAUUCACAUAAGUGUUAGCCAGCCACUCAACUUCCUUCCUUUCUCUCUCUUCCGAUUGCCCCUUAAGCUGCUUGCUUUCACCAUGGCUGCCCCUGUGUUUCCUCCCUUCUGACAUGAAUGAAUCCUGAGCGGGGCGGGGGGUGCUGUUAUUGAAUGUAAAGCUCUGUAGUGACCUUUGGAAUAAGGGGGUUCUACUUACGCCAUGUAGCAAAAUCUCUGAACACUGCUGACUAAGAGAGCCUUGUAGAUCUAACUACAGAGGUGGAGUAGCUGGGGCUGCAGUACAUGGAGUUUAAACAAAGGUGGGGGUGGUGAUACUGAUAUGUUUAGAGAGCUGCUGGGACACAGUGCAUUUGCUUAUUUUCUGUUGUCUUUAUUUUACAACACACUGGAUUUCUAUUUUGAACAAUUCAGUUGUACAUUUUCUUAACUUCAGGUAGCAUUUUGAAAUCCUCCUCUUGCAAUAGUCAUUGUCUAUUUCUAACCAAAGCCUGGAUCAGAUAAUUGAGAUUUUGUUUUGUGUUUUGUAAACACUGGCAAAGAUGACUGCCACUAAUUGUAUAUUUUCUUAAAUGGCCUGACAGAAAAAGGUGAAGAUUUAAGGGGUUAAGAGGAAAUUCCUUUUCUCCAACACCAGUUCAUACAUUUAAGAGACUGGUGGAAGACCACUACAUCCCCUUUUUACUAAGAGGAGUCAUUCAGCUUCAGUUAUGAAUGUGCUAGUGGCCAAGUCUGAAAAAUAUAGGAAAGGCAGAUCCUCUUAACAUAUAUGGCUCAACAGAACUUGGUUAGCAGUAGAGGUAGCGGGGGGAAAGGGGGCAGACUGAACAUGGAGAACAUGUAUGUCUUUUCUGGCUGGCUGCUUCAGAAAGCACAGCACAAAUUGAAGAGGUGAACCUUUUGGCAGGGUUUUGUUUGCAACAACUGGAGAGACUUCUUUGUUCUCGAAGACUAGCUCAGAUAGGACUACUGUCUGCUCUUAGCUGAGAUGUCAAAACUAAUCUGUUUCUGCUUUUGCUUUCUGAAGGGAUGGACCAUAGCAUGUUUGCUAGCUUAGCAGGUCGCUUCCUUUUCUUGGUGGCAGCUACAAGAAUAGAGUGUGUGGGGCUGUUGCCCAAUAAAGAGGUCAGAGCUGCAGCUCAGUGAUGCUGCUUGCUGCUGGAGAAUAGCAGCUACAGUUCAAAUAAAACUUAAAGGAUUCCUGAAUUCACUUGAAUUGGCUAGUGAGACCAGCUUUCUUUUGUGAGGGAGCAACAUGCCACUUGUAUCUCUACUUGCUACCUGUCAGAGGAGGGUAUACAUAUGGGCAAAUUACUGUUCUACAUGACUAAUGGAAGAGCAGAGACAGGCUCUCUUGCUGGGGUGAGAUUAGAUUUGAUGCAGCCUUAUGUCUUGCUGCUCCAAAAGAGGGGUGAGACAGGGGUCACUGCAACUGUCACUUCCCGUGGUGGUAUUUAAGACUUUGUACAAAGACAACUUUAAAAUUAAAAUGGCUUGAAAGCCCUAAA